AUGCCUCGUUAUGACGAUCGUCACGGAAGCACACGACUCUAUGUUGGCCACCUUUCCUCUCGAACACGGACGCGUGAUGUUGAACGUCUCUUUAGCAAAUAUGGAAGAGUACGAGAUGUGGAUAUGAAGCGUGACUUUGCCUUUGUCGAUUUUAGCGAUCCACGUGAUGCUGAUGAUGCGAGAUACCGCUUAGAUGGAAGGGACUUUGAUGGCAGCCGCAUUGUUGUGGAGUUUGCAAAAGGGACACCGCGUAGUUCUGGUUCUGGUUCCGGUUCCCGAGAAAUAUCUUCAAGCAGAGGACCACCUCCAGGAAGUGGGCGUUGCUUCAACUGUGGUCUUGAUGGACACUGGGCUAGAGACUGCACUGCUGGUGACUGGAAGAACAAAUGCUAUCGAUGUGGCGAUAGAGGUCACAUUGAGAGGAAUUGCAACAACAGUCCCAAGAAGCUCAAGCGGGACCAAAGUUACUCGAGAUCACCUGUUAGGUCUCGAUCUCCUCCUCGUCGUAGAAGAAACCGCAGCAGAAGCAGAAGCCGAAGCAGAAGCUACAGUCGCUCAAGAUCCCCGGUUAGGACUGAAAAGGACCGAUCUCCUGAACCAGCCGCCAGGAGCGGAAGCCCUGAACCAACGGUCCAUAACUCUCCUCCCAUCAAGGACAUGAAGCGUAGCUCAAGUCCGGUUGAAGACAGUCCAAUGCUUGAGAACAAUGGUCUAAGCCCGAAAGGUCAAGAUAACGGUGAUGCAACCAAUGGACUAGACCACACUCCCAGAGACGAAGCCAGUCCUUAA